UACAGGGGGGCGGGGCUUACAACAGGUUUGCAGCACAGGUGCCCGUCGCGGUCUUGUGAUAUCGGGACAAAGAUGGGUAAAAUUGAAGCGUUUGACAUCAGGUUCGACAAAAGUAAAGAAGUAUUUAUUCCCGGUGAAACUAUCUCGGGAACCGUGACGGUCACAGUGGGGCAGAAGAUACCAUGUAAAGCGGUUAAGGUGAACUGUCAUGGCUUCUGUGGCCUCACCAAUAAAGUCAAUGACACAUCGUGGACAGUUGAAGAACAGUACUUCAACAACACAAUCUCUGUUGCAGACAAAGGAACACUGAAACAAGGAAAUCAUACCUUUGCCUUCCAGUUUCGCAUUCCAGGCACUGCUCCAACAUCUUUUGAGGGCAACUAUGGUCGGAUUGGGUACAGAGUGAGAGCUUUCAUUGACACGCCACGCUUCACCAAAGAUUACAGCACAGAGAAAGCGUUCUACCUGCUGGACCCCCUCAACCUGAACAAAAUUCCGGAUAUAUGGGGAGCCUGCUCAUCUUCAGUGACCCAGGAGUUCACCUACAUGCUAUUAAAAACCGGCACGGUGUUCCUGAAAGCCCAAACUGAAAUGAAGGGUUAUAUACCUGGGCAGAUUAUACACCUGUCUGCCACCGUCCAGAACAGGUCUGACAAGAGUACAGGCAACAUCAAUGCUAGCCUAAUGCAGAGGGUGACCUACGAGACAAAGAGACCCAUCCAUGACGAGAGGACCAUAGCCGAGGUGGAGGGUGGUCGAGUUAAGGCUGGCAGGGAGAUGGAGUGGAAGGAGCAGAUCAUUGUUCCUCCUCUUCCUCAAUCCUCCCUUGGGGGCUGCGACCUGAUAAAGAUAAAUUACUAUGUUAAAGUCAGCCUGAAGUCUCCGAAUGUCCUGUUGACGUUACCCCUGUACAUCGGGAAUGUCUCCCUGGACAAAAACCUCAGUUCAGCUCCUGUCACUGCUCCAGCAUUACCUCCUCGUCCCGCCCCUCGUCCUACUCCUCGAUCGAGAUUACAUUCUCCCACCGCUCCCCCGGCCGAAGCCAAUCAGAGAGCCGAGGGUGGUAAACCUAUCAAUGGCAGCUUGAUGGAUCGGCAUUCUCAACUCGUGUCAACCAGCCGAUUCAGUUAUACUCUGGGCCAGUCUUUGUCCGACAGCCGUCACAACCAGCCUGGCACAAAUCGGGAAAUUACCAUUGCUUCCUCAGCGACUUCGACUCCUCUUCCCAAUAUGAACAGUGCUAGCCCAAUGAUAAGCCCACAAACCAUGCCUCCAGACUACGGGAGCUCAGAAUACCCACAAGAGGCUCCUCCUUCGUACGAUGAGAGCAUGAACACCUAAGAUGGCUGAAGGAGCAGCAGGACAGAGCAGCAUGCACCAAGUGUUGGAGUAAAACUUUUUAUCUUCUAUAGAGAAAUAGUGUUUUAAAUGUACUUCAUUUGAAUAUAGUACUUUGGUGUUAUUUUUUUUCCCUGGUGUGGAUAUUUUAAAUUUGCAUGGGAAUCAGCCCACAUUUAAUUUAUUUCUAAGUAGAACAUUAAAAGCGAGAUGGCUUUUAAUCCAUUCAAUAUAUUGUAUUGUUAUUCCACCAGUUACUUUUGUUAUUAAAAUGUCGAUUCGUAGAAUGUUUUGGAGAAACACACAUUCAAUUAUAACUGCAAUAAAUCAAUAUUUUUUUUUAAAUUCUUUAUUGACUGAUACCUUUUGAGAAAAGUUGUCAUUUUUGCUGAUUAUUUGUACUUAUUUGUUUCUCCAAGAAAGUUAAAUUCACCAAGAACAUAAUUAAGCUAUCGAGUAAGACCCUGCAUACAAAACACUGUCUUGGUAGAGCAAAAUAUUGGCCCACUGGUAAAUAAUGACUGAUACUCAUCCAUCCAGACAUUUUCUUUACUUGCUUGUGGCAUGCUUAUUAUUUGGGAUGUGGUAGGAGGUCCUCGCCAGUUAUUUAUUUCAAAUAACUGGAACAUCAUGUCUAUUUUGUCACAGUUGUUUAUUGUGUUCAUGGUGUAAAAGCUGCUUUUACGAAGUGUAUGUUUGUGGCCGGAUGAUGGGCAAAAGUGCAGACGAAUCAAAAUAAUUGUCGUUGAGAUCCCAUUUGUGCAGCCUGAAUCCUGGGAUUAAAUAGACAUAAAAUAAUUGC